AAAAAAAUCAGAAGAAAAAUGAAGAAUUUCGAUCUUCCUCACCGAAAAUUUCCCCCUCGUCUCACUUGAAACUUUUCAACGUCUCUGUCUUGGACUGUGGCUAAUGAGCAAAAAAAGGCAGAGAUGGGAGUGAAAAACCUAUGGGAUAUAUUAGAACCCUGCAAGAAAAUUCUCCCUCUUCACCAUCUCCAGAACAAGAGGGUGUGCAUAGAUCUGUCAUGUUGGAUUGUCCAACUUCAAAAUGUCAACAAGUCACACUGUUCCAUGAAGGACAAGCUUUAUCUCAGGGGUCUCUUCCACCGCAUCAGAGCCCUCAUUGCUUUGAAUUGUAGCAUCAUCUUUGUCACAGAUGGAUCCAUUCCAGCUAUAAAAAUAUCUGCCUAUAGACAGCGCUUAAAAUCGAGAAGUGAGGUCACUCGAGAUGAAACAAAUUCUCAAAAUGUGACUUCACUUCGAAGAAAUAUGGGAUCUGAGUUUUCUUGUAUGGUAAAAGAGGCGAAAGUCCUAGGCAUGGCACUUGGUAUUCCGUGCUUAGAUGGGAUUGAGGAAGGCGAAGCUCAGUGUGCCUUACUAAACUCAGAAUCAUUAUGUGAUGGAUGUUUCUCUUUAGAUUCCGAUGUCUUCCUGUUUGGUGCAAGGACAGUAUAUAGAGAUAUUUGCCUUGGGGAGGGUGGUUAUGUUGUUUGCUAUGAAAUGGCCGACAUUGAGAAAAAACUUGGCUUUGGAAGGAACUCCUUGAUUACUCUGGCCAUCCUUCUUGGCAGUGAUUACUCUCAGGGGCUUCAUAGGCUUGGCCCGGAGUCGGCAUGCCAGAUUGUUAAAUCAGUUGGUGACAACGUCGUUCUUCAAAAAAUGGCAUCACAGGGAUUGUCAUUUGCAAAGAAGUCAAAGGGAUCAAGGAAACAGGGGCCUGCUUCCAGAUGCAAUAACAAAGAGAACUGUUUGGAUUAUGAAAUGAAUAAUAACACAAUUGUACAUAAUUCACAAAGGAACAAUCAGUUCCUGCAAGUGAUUGACGCAUAUUUGAAGCCCAAGUGCCACUCAGCAGACUCUAAUGCUGUGAACAGGGUUCUUGCUCUGUAUCCAUUUCAACGCUCCAAAGUUCAGCAGCUAUGUGCUCAGUUUUUUGAGUGGCCUCCUGAGAAAACAGAUGAAUAUAUCCUUCCUAAGAUUGCUGAAAGAGACUUGAGGCGAUUUUCCAAUUUACGUGCUACUUCAUCGGAACUAGGACUUCGGCUUCCUCUGGAUAAGAUGCCGGUUAAUUGUCCUAUAUCCGGAAUUAUCAAACAAAGAAAACUUCAGGGAAGAGAAUGCUUCGAGGUUUCAUGGGAAGAAAUUGAUGGACUUAAAACUUCUGUAGUUCCUGCUGAUCUCAUUGAAAGUGCUUGUCCCGAAAGAAUUCUGGAGUUUGAGGAGAGGAGAGCUCAAGGGAAGAAACCAAAACCAAGACGGAAAAAAACAGAGGACAGAACAUCCAUGAAAGACAUUGAUCUAAAGCUCCAAGAGUUGUUGCUUGACAUCGAACAAGGAAGCAGGAUCACUCAUAAAGCUUCUUUAUUGACUGGAGCAAUACCAGCAAAAGAACAUGCUGUCGCUGCAGUUGAUCUAAUGAAUCAGGAGCUGUUGCAUGGUACAGAGUCAAAAGGCAGCAUCAAAAGAAAUGAUUCCAUCAGUUACUACCCAGCAAGUUCAAGUGUUGCUGAAACUGAGGUCAUCGAUCUCCUGAGUCCGCUUCCCCCUAAUAUUACAAAAUGUGAAAAACCUACUGUACAAUGUAUUGAUGUGAUUGACUUGGGCGACUCAGAAAUUGAAACAUCACCGGAACAUGCAAGGAAGGCGAGAGAGCUUAGAUUGUUCUUAGCCAGCAUCGAAAAGGCAUCUCUUGACUGACUAUGAAAGAAGAAUAUGUAAAUUAGGUCUUUCAAUAUUACACAAGCAUGCAAAGCUGUUCAUUUUCUACGAAGGAUGGCUAGAAUAAAAUGGCUGCUCUAGUGUAACAAAGAAGCCAUUUAAACCUAUUGUAUGGUAUUUGAAUCGAGUCAACUAAGAUUAUUUAUUUGCACUCA